AUGAAUAAGGAUAUCACAACACAAAUUAAAGUGCUUCAAUGCAGUCAGUGUCAGAGGGAUGUGGAAUUCUACUGCAGACAAUGUGAACAAAAUUUCUGUAUGCCUUGUAAGCAGAAACACGUCGUGUAUCUCGAUACCAAAGACGAUGAUGUCGUUCUAUACCGCUUAAAGCAUAGAGACUUUAUAACACCAGAGUUAUGUGAUAUACACCCAGACUGCAAAUAUAAAAACUGGUGCAAAUCCUGUAAAUGUCCAAUCUGUGAUAAAAAUGAUAAACAUCAAGAUCAUGAAAUUCUGGAUAUCAAAUUAGCCUGCACGGUUCAAAGACAGGAACACAGAGAACGAAUCAUUCAAAUGAGAGGUGAUAUUCUACCAUACAAUCGUGCAAUUUCAGCAAGGCUCAAGUCUUUAGUCAAAAAAGAUGUAAAAACAUUGAAAGCACAAUUUUCCAGCAUCCAACAUAAGCUUACGGUGAAAGCAGAAAACUUGAAAAAACUUAUCUAUAUGCAUAGUAAGGCACCUAAUGAAAAAACAAAUUCUUAUAUUAGUUUUGCCUUACAGCAUCAAAAAAUGAAGGAUUAUGUGAAUAGAUUUGAAAAACUGGCAAAUAAGUCUGUCAGGUUUCUGUUGUUCAUAAAGAAAAUCCCUGUCCCCAAACCAAAAGAACUUCCAGAUAACAUAACAUGCAGCUUAUGGGGAGAAAUCAAUAAAAGAGACAUAAAGAACUUUUUUGUUGAAAUCAAAAUCACAGAGACACAAAAAAGAAAAGUUAGAGCUGAAAAAAUGUUAAAGCUGAUGCAAAAAGGAAUGUUAAAGAAGUAUGUUACUGUGACUGACUUAAUUCAUAGUAUUCACAUUUCUUUUGUGACACAAGAUAAAAUUUGGGUCAGUGGUGGACUUAAUUUAAUUUUGACAAAUUCUAAAGGUGAAUGUCUUCAUCAUUUGUCAGAUGUAAAUGAAUAUUAUGGUGUACAUGCGGUAAACAAUGCAGGAGAACUAAUUUAUGUAGACCAGGACUGGAACAUUAAGAAACUAAGUGCAGACAACGCUACAAAGUCGACACUGAUAAAGAGAACAGAACUGUGGGAUCCAUGGUGUAUCUGUCACUCAGCCUCAACUGGAGAUUUGCUGGUCAUGAUGAGAUAUGAUACAAAAAACUCUAUCAUUAACUCAGUGGUGAAAGUCAUUCGGUUUAACAGUAAUGUACAACCAGUACAAAUCAUCCAGUACGACAACUCAGGCCAGAAAUUAUAUAGUGAACCUAUCUAUAUCAAAGAGAACCAUAAUGGAGAUAUUAUUGUUUCCGAUGCAUGGCGUGGCGUGGUGGUCACAGACCAUAAUGGAAAUUAUCGUUUCACUUACAGAGGACAAUCAAAAGUAUUUCCAUGGAUGUUCUUUGUUCCACAUGGAACCUGCGUAGACACAUUCUUAAAUAUACUGAUCUGUAGUCGAACGGAUCACACAAUACACAUGAUUAACAAGGACGGUCUCCUGCUGUCAAUUCUAUCAACAAAACAAGAUGGGAUAUUUACACCAUUGGGUCUGGGAUAUGACGAAAAAAAUCACCUAGUUUGGAUGGGAUCAGGCCACAUCAACAGACUGUGUGUGUACAGAUAUAUAGAACGACAAGAUUAUCUUGCAUAA